AUGGAAAAAAAUGAAGAUUCGUACCAUUAUUUGUGGGAUAGCGUUAUUAAAAAUACGAUAGAGACAUUUGGAAUGCAUAGCAUUAGUUUGGCACAAUUAGAAUUUGAUCGCAAUACGAGUAAACGAACUUCAACAGGUAAAUUAAGCAAUCGCAAUCUUCCGGACAUGGCUGUAUUAGUGGGAAAUGUUUGUCCUUUUCGAGGCGAAGAAAAGUCACGGAAUGACAUAGGAGAUCCCUCAAGUGAAUUAGUUGAUAGAAUUGAAGAAGAUUCGCCAGAAUUUCAAACAAUUAUUCGACCUAAUGGAACUAUUAUUGAACUUGGGUAUGCAGUUAAAAAAAAAUUUGCGGACAAAGACCGAGUUACACAUUUAAAAAAAAUUUAUGGAGUGUUACGU